AUGGCAAGCACCUCGGACGCCGCGGCGUUCUACGCGACUUUCCAGCAAUUAAAGGGUGAAACGGCCGACGCGCUAUCCCGCUCCGCGGCCGACUCGGCGCCCAAACUCGCCGCCCUCCGUUCUGCACUCGCAGACGCGCGCGCAACUCUUCCAUCGUACGAUCAGCGGAGUUAUGACUUGCAAGUGCGCGAGCUCGAGGCCCGCCUCGCAUCCCUACGAGCUGAGAAGCCCAAGAGCCGCUUCGCGUUCAAGCGCCCAGCCUCUAAGCCGACAUCUGGAACGGCUUCACGAGCGCAGUCUGCAUCUCCCGCCCCGCCGCUCUCGAAAUCCUCUACCCCAGCCCCACCAGCCACGACGUAUACCCUCUCUGCGCAGCGAGGGCGUAUCCUCGUCCCAGACUAUCCCGAUGAAGCGAGCUACACCCUCACCCUCGCAGACCUCGACGACUGUAUCAUCGACCUCCGUUCCUCACCCGCGCUCACAUCCCUCCACGCUCGAGGAUUGAGAAGUUGUGUUGUUCUUGCCCCCGUCAUGGCCGGCAGCGCAAUGCUCUCCGACCUCCAGCGCUGCAUUGUCGCCGUCGGCGCCCAGCAGUUCCGUCUGCAUGACACCACCGACUGCGUGCUGUUGCUCCACGUCGCGUCCCUUCCCGUCGUUGAGCGGUGCAAAGGCGUGCGCUUCGGGCCAUACCCGUUCCAAGCGGGGGGCGAGAGCCGGCACGAGCAGGUGCAGGACUUUGACUGGGUUCGGCCAGGCCCCAGCCCGCACUGGUAUCUCCUAAGCCCAGACCAGGCUGAAAUUCUGCGCUCUUCUAUCCACGCUUCCCCCACGUCCACUGCGGAGCAGCUCCUCGCACUAGCCCCCUAA